AUGCAAGCCCAGUCACAUAUCCCCAGAACAUAUCACAUUGAGCUAGAUAAGCUGACUGGGUCCGACCAAGCGUCUGACACAUCCACCGGCGAUGCCGAGCGAUCCAAAGCUCUCGCCCGUUCCAUCUUCAUGGACAACUAUUUCGUAUUAAAGACGGGUGCUACCUCUGAUGGAGCCGGCCACCUCAGUUCCUGCACAGGUGUGCAUGUCGCGAUGGACAAUCACUAG